CCAACAACAGAAUCAUUUACUACUGAUGCACCAACUACAGAGGCAUCGACAACUGAAGUACAAACAACCGAAUCAUCUACGACUGAUGACCCAACUACAGCAGCAUCAACUACUGAAAUACAAACAACAGAACCAUCCACUACCGACGCACCAACAACAGAAUCAUCUACUACUAAUGCACCAACAACCGAAUCAUCUACUACUGAUAUACUAACUACUGAUGCAUCGACAACUGAAGUACCAACAACCGAAUCUUCUACGACUGAUAAACCGACUACAGCAGCAUCAACUACUGAAGUACAAACAACAGAACCAUCCACUACCGACGCACUAACAACAGAAUCAUCUACUACUGAUGCACCUACAACCGAAUCAUCUACUACUGAUGCACCUACUACUGAGUCAUCUACUACUGAUGCACCAACAACAGAAUCAUCUACUACUGAUGCGCCGACAACCGAAUCAUCUACUACUGAUGCACCAACAACCAAAUCAUCUACUACUGAUAUACUAACUACAGAAUCAUCUACUACUAAUGCACCAACUACAGAGGCUUCGACAACUGAAGUACCAACAACCAAAUCUUCUACAACUGAUAAACCGACUACAGCAGCAUCAACUACUGAAGUACAAACAACAGAACCAUCCACUACCGACACAUUAACAACAGAAUCAUCUACUACUGAUGCACCUACAACCGAAUCAUCUACUACUGAUGUACCUACUACUGAGUCAUCUACUACUGAUGCACCAACAACAGAAUCAUCUACUACUGAUGCACCAACUACAGAGGCAUCGACAACUGAAGUACCAACAACCGAAUCUUCUACGACUGAUGAAACAACUACAGCAGCAUCAACUACUGAAAUACAAACAACAGAACCAUCCACUACUGACGCACCAACAACAGAAUCAUCUACUACUGAUGCACCAACCACCGAAUCAUCUACCACCGAUGUACCAACUACAGAGGCAUCGACAACUGAAGUACCAACAACAGAAUCUUCUACGACUGAUAAACCGACUACAGCAGCAUCAACUACUGAAGUACAAACAACAGAACAAUCCACUACCAACGCACCAACAACAGAAUCAUCUACUACUGAUGCACCUACAACCGAAUCAUCUACUACUGAUGUACCUACUACUGAGUCAUCUACUACUGAUGCACCAACAACAGAACCAUCUACUACUGAUGCACCAACUACAGAGGCAUCGACAACUGAAGUACCAACAACCGAAUCUUCUACGACUGAUGAACCAAAUACAGCAGCAUCAACUACUGAAAUACAAACAACAGAACCAUCCACUACCGACGCACCAACA